UUUGUGUGUACGGUUUGGAGAGGACGGUUCAGUUAUAUUCGCAAAACAGUUCGGACUGCCGUGUCUUCGUGUCGUGCCGUGGUGAUAUGUGCGUACAGUUUUUCCCGGUUUUCUAUUAUUUUGGUGAGCUAGAAGUUUUGGUCGAAUUUGAUGGAUUGACGGCUUUCUAGACUGCGAACCGGCUGGCGAAAAUCUUUGUAGUGCAUGAGUGAAAAAAAAUCAGUUUUGUCGGCUAAAACGCCGGAUUGAUUGUGCAAAGUCUUCCCACACCCCCCAUUGUUGCUGGUGGAGUUGGUGAAGUGAACGUGAUUGAAGCUCACUGUGGGAGGAUUAUUUCCUCCAACAAGGAUCAGUGGAAGAAUCUGUAGAAUCGUAAAAAUUUUUCUCAACGGUUAGCGGAACAAUUUUUGCCUAAGACCGCCUAAAAGAAGAAACGCACCGGCGGCGCAAUAUUUGCCUUUGGACAAGGUUGUGCUGAAAUUGCGUCUCAAUUGAAUCCGAAGCCCUAUCGGAUUGGCGUAAUUUCCUGCUAAAUCAAUCUUUCCCCAAAACGGAGCGGGUGAGAGGAAAGAAAUUAUUCAGGUGUGAAUUUUCCGCAUAUUUGUUUACAUCAUCGUCGUCGGCGUCGCCAGUUUUCCAAUCACCGAAAGCGCAUUAGUAGUACCAACAACAGUGAAUGACGCUUCGAGCACAGUUAGUUGUGGUGGGUGGCUGAAGUGAACCAGCCAGUAGUGCCGAAACCCAUCUAGGGAGGGGGUCGCAAAGUGAUCGAAACUCUUAUGUUUCACGUGUUCGUGGUGAUGGAUUUGUGUUGAAGAAUUGCAAGCACAUAGUUACCAACCAGCUCUGCAACGUGAGAAGGAAACACCUUGCAAUCGGCAAACGAGCGAGCCGCGCCAGGUCGCGGGAAGGUGAGCCAACAGCAACCACCAGCGUGCACCGUGUUCUGUUGUUGGUUGAAUGAGCUCGCCGCAAGAAGAAGGUGUUUUGUGAAGUCUUGCAGGGUGCCUAAAUUUAGUUAUCCAUCGGGGUCCGGUGACGGUGCAAAAGUCACAGUUUCAUGAACAGCCGCGUGCUGGUUCGUUCUGUUGGAAGUUGUGUGAAAAUAUCCAUUUUUGUUUUAGCAGCAGCGGUAACGCGAAGAGAAGGGCGGAAGAAUUUUCAUCAAAACAACGCUGCUUGAAUUGCUUGGGAAAGUGUAAAAAGUGUGUGAGCUGAAGAAUAACAGAAGCCGCACGACCUCCCGCUGAAAGCGAAGCUGAGAACAGGGUGAAGAUUUUCAUUCAUGAUUUUUCUUGGCUCUGGUAAUUCGUGAAGGUAAUACGUUUCGAUUGUUUCGAACAUAGCGGAGCUAUUGCGACGUUCUGUGUGUGUGAUUCGGUUCAGUUUAGUUUUGUGGAGCUGCUGCCGCGAGAUUUGAUAAAUUAGUGUUUUCUCAAGGCGUGAUGUCAACUGAUUAUGGCUGUCCCAUUCGAGUUCGCAAACAAAAACAAUGAAGACCGACUGGCAUAGCGCAGCGCACCAGCGCUUCCUCCUCUGGUAAACGACGGACAGGCGACCACAAAUACCGGGGAUGACCUAAUCGGACGAAAGGAGAAUCAUCAAAAGCGUCUUCGCGUUCCCCCGUUGUUGUGUUGUGGGGUGCAGCAAGGUCAACUAAAUCAUCAAACCCGCUGCGAGGUGUUCGCUUGGGGCUACUCUCCCAUAUACAGAGCUAUCAGUUACUAGACCAUCAUCAGCAUCAAGCCGGGCGGCCUAGCAGUGAGAGAACAAGCGAACGCGACCGUGUGUGAUCUACGUCGCAGUUUUUUUUUGUGUGACGGGUAAAAGUGACCUAGUCGGCGCGCGAGUGAGAGAACCAACCGAAUCCCGCACGGCGGUCGUGCUGCUCGGGAAGAGUGAUUAGGUGAGAACUUUUCGGUUCGUCGAGAAGUUCGCCCGAGAAGAGCGUCCAAGAGAAGAGCGAACCGUGAUCUGAGUUUGUGCAUACUGCAAUUGGGGAGUGCAAUUGCGCGCAGUGUAGAAACUAGGCAAGUGCAUUCCCGCCGUGCAUCCCGGCUUCCUUCCUCCCACGGCCCACCUCGCCACAGUUGGCGAAAAAAAAACAAGGUAGGAAAGAGUUGCCCGAACCAAAAUGCUCUCCUAUAUGCUACCAGUUGAGGAAAAAUCGCCCUCAGUGACGGCGGCCAGUGCUGCUGCUGCGGCGCGGAAUCUUAGCUUGAAUCUGAACAACACCACUACCGGAGGCGGUGGUGGCCAUUCCGGACCGAAUCCACCCUCGGCGGUGCUGCAUUCGGGUGCUUCCGGUGGCAAGCCGUUGCAUAAGACCGGAGGAGCUGGUCGCCCGUCGCCCGGGACGACCAAGGUAAUCAAGUCGGCCAUCAAAACAAACCAUCGCUAUAAUCUGGUUCCGUCAUCGUCGUCGUCGGUGGAGGAGAACGGGAAGGUGAAGAAGUUCGCUGCGAAAUUGCAUCAGCAGCAGCACCAACAGCGCAACGGAGAAGAUAGUGUCGGGGGCAGUGCAAUCCAAAGCGGAAGUGUAGGGGGUGGUGAAGAAUACAGUGUUGAUGAGCACACGAGCCUGCUGGGCAGUGGCGGCGGCAGUGGCUCGAAGAGUGUCAAAAGUGAUAACAAUUUUAACAACCUGAUCCUGGUUAACGGGAACGGCAACGUCGGUAAUGGUUCCAAGCUUGUGAGUGUGUUGAAGAAUUCGUCAGCGCUGAAGAACGGUGGCAACGGUGGUGACCAUGGCAAUAGCGGCAACCACCACCAUCACCACAACGGUUACAGUGCAGUGAAUAGUUACGAAGAAGAUGAUGACGACGAUAACGACGAGUACGACGAAGCCGAAACAGAAGCAGAGUACGAUUUGGUUGCGGCGAAUAAUCGCAAGAAUAUUCACCACCAGCAACAGCAAACGAUCAACAACGGCAGCAAAAUGAGCACCAGUGUCAGUGAGUCGCGGAAUUUGAACGGAAUUAACGGCAACGGCGGUGGUGGCGGCCAACAGCAACAGCAGCAGCCACCGCAGCCGCAGUCCUCGGUGGAGACACCGAGCAGUGGCAUUAUUGUGGACACGAGCGACGCCGACUCCGAGCAGACCGCCACCAGCGGUUGCGGUGGGGAUGGGUCUAGCGUCGGAGGAGGCGGCGGUGGCAAGAAGGUCAAGAUGAACAAGCUCGGCGGCAGCAAGAAUGUGACACUCAAGAGGGUCUCAUUCGGUUCGUCCAAGGGCUCGAUGGUGGAAACGUUGGUCUUCGAGACCCCCACGCCGCUGCCCGAGCACGCCGAGCGGGAGUUCUUCCAUUCCCCAGCGGUCCUGGCGGGCGCUGGCACCACGGUCAACAGUGUCCACUAUCAUCAUCACCACCAUCUUCCGCACUAUCAUCAUCCCAUCCAUCACAGUCAGCAUCAGCAGCAACAGCAGCAGCAGCAGUCACAUCCCCCGUCGGAAGGCAGCCUCCCAGGGCUGGACGACAGCGGUAUCGAGCUGCAAGAAGAAGUUGAACGUUCCAAAGUGCGUGUGUCGUUUUUCCAGAGUAGUAAACCGCAAUCGAUAAGCCCCCCGGAGUCGCUCCUGUUCGGCGGCGCUGGCAGCUACAAUCUCAUCCACUUCGGCGGCCCCGGAAGUGGCGGUGGCGGCGGCGGAGGCUAUGAUAACAACAAUUCCCUGCUAGACGCGUCCUACAUCACCUCGGCGGCACUCAACCAGCAGUACGAUUCGCUGCUCGGGGGCGGUCAUCUGACGGCGGCACAGAUCCAGCAGCACUUCCCGGCGUACAAUCCGGACGAUCCAGCCGCAUCCGCCGCAGCCAUGGCCGCAGUGAUGGCCUACGACAGGCAGAUGAGUACCGAGUCAGGCUGGGAUAACCCGUUCCGGCCCGGUGGAGACCUUUCGCGGGAAGCGGACGAAAUAGUCAAUCUCAUCAAAGGUGGAAAACCAAUCACACCGACCGGUGAUCAGAAUCUUCUGAACGGUAGUGCACCAAAGGAUAGCCAUCCGGCGGAAAACGGUGGCAGCACAGUGGUGGACGGCGUUGCGACAAAGCUCGAUGCGGCGCAACUCCAGAGCCAGCCAAACGGAACGAAAUCUCCUCAGAAGGGUGGCCCGGCGGCGGACGGUACAGCCGUUUCGCCCCACAAGAACGGUUCCACGGGUCCGGUCCAGUCCAGUCAAGGGGCGGCCCCGCAAGCGACGACCACAACGCCCGUCAGCAACCAGGUGAUAGCGGGACCCCAGUCGGCGACCCACGUCGUCAUCGACGAGAAGAAGAAGAAAAAGUGCGCCUGCUGCGUAAUACAGUAAUUGCAACCGUUACGUACGUUAGCGCUGCGUUACGUUUUCAUGUGUGUGUGCGUAAAUUGUCCGUACAUGCACAGGGUUAAGAGCCGAGGGGGCGUUGUGUUUGUGUACGUACGGUUGGAUGUGUGUGCGUGUGAGUAUCCAUGGUGGUUUUUGUUAUUCGAUUGAGUGGUGAACAGGUGGUGUGGAAUCGGUUAAGUGUGUGAGUGAGAGACAUUGGAGGCAUUUUGCUUUCAUCGUUGUCAAAAUUAUUGUUUUGAUUAUUUGUUUUUGUAAGAGUUUUUAAUGACCAUAUUAAGUUGCAAAUAGUUUAGUUUUCUGCACAUUCUUACGCUAGGGACUGUAGUAAAUUAUGGAGCAUUGAAUUGUUUACUUUACAGUGAAACUAUCUAAAUUAUUUUAGUUUUUCGUUUUAGUGGCAAGCAGAAAUGCCACGAAUGACAGAAGUAAGUGUGUUGAGAGAAUGGAAACAAGCGGAAAGGAAACAAUAACGAUUAUGUAUCUCUGUAUAACUGUAAACCUAUGUAACAAUUUACUGUAAUUUAGGAGAAAUAAUGCUUCGAGGAAGAGUCUGUAUCGAUUACGGUCGAUGCAGCUUACCGAACUAUGUUUUAUAUAUAGGAUUUUAAAUUAACAGACUCAGUUUCAUAUUAUUAUUUAUAUAUUCCAAAAAAUGGAAUCAUACAAACAAUGGUAAUCUACUAUGAUUAGUGUUGGUUUAAGCAAUUUUAGGUUCGAAGUUUCGAAGGAAAGGAUUGAUAUUCUAAAGUGCUAGACAAAAUGGUGCGAAUCAUUAAAAGUCGUAAUGUUGCUCGUGUCAUUUGGAAGCUCGUUUGUUGAUCAACAAUGGAACGGAAAAUUAAAUUCUUAGUACAGCUUCCAAACACACACGAGCAAACUAAGCUGAUUCAUCUCAGUUGCGCUGUGGUGACAAAGUGCUUGAAUUGUAACGACGAUUAUUACAAAUGAAAGCUAAAUAAUGAAAAAUGGUCACGGCUUAACAUUUGCGAACAGUUAGGAUGACAACGUGGAAUAAGCUUUCUCAGACGUUGUUGUAAACCGUGUAUAUUAUUUCUUAGAUUAAAGAAAGCAAUGUAAACAAAGUCACUCAUUAGAGAACAGUAGAAUCCACCUCCUGUCUGUUGGAAUCGGAAGAACAAGAACACACGUCAUGUACUCAGUCGGCAAAGUAGGCUGCGUUGGCAACGGAGAAUAGUGUUUACUGUCACGCAGUAGGCGCUGGACAAAACAAAAGCAUUUUAGCAAACAUUACAUCGUAACUAAACAGAACCACGUGAUUGUUAGUUGAAACAUUAUAAAUAAGCAUCUGGAAAAUCUAAUGUUUAAAGUGUCGAAAUAGUUUAUCAAAAGUGAAAAAAAAUCAGCAUGCUUUAUGUGCUACAAGACGUGUAUUGUAAACAAUAUACAAUGCAAACAUCCUUGCAGAACGACAGUUUCACGCGCCUGCACGCCACAUCGCUAUCCCGUAAACCUUUGACAACAGAACCGUGUACCCAAACGAUAUCCAAUGGAAUCAACAAGUAAUAACAACACACUGCGAAACGGAAACAAAUGUGUUAUAAAGCAACAAAACAAAAAGUAAACCUUUUCAUUAAGAUUCAGUAAGAACAACUAACUACUCUUAAAUCGAACAUCAUUGACUAUUUAACGAUAAAAAAACAAUGGAAACUUGUGUACACUUUUUGCAUAACUCACAAAUACGCAAAACAAAGAAAUAAAAGUAUAAAACAUCUUUAAAUGGAUUGUAUGAGAAGUAAACUAAACAGAAAAUCCUAUUUAAGAACAAAUAAAGAAAAAAAAGAACUAUAAAAGGAUCAUAUUUACUUAGCAAAUGAAACAGAAAUUAAACAAAAGAAUUACACAAAAAACACGUAAGGAUGAAUAUUAAACGUAUAUAUUUUCGUACUAAAACAAAGCAAGGAAGCACUCGAAGCGAAAUCGGAAAACAACAACUGGCUCAGGAGUGUGGAACAAUAAAAAACAGAUGCGAGUAGCGAUACCAAUGCGACGCCGACGACCGGAUAUUGUCAAGUAGAAAUUGCGAUAAACAUUGCACUCAAGUAGAGAGACGCGAAACGCCAACCAACAAGGAUUCGGUAGGUUAACCCAGAGAGGAUAAUGGAAAGGAGUUUGUUUAGUGUUUUGAUUUGGGCGAUCGAAUGAUGUAUAGUUUCGUCGGACGAGUGGUUAGAUGGCGCAGGAUUCGGCGGCCCGCUGCCGAAUGAUUGCGCGGUGAAACAGAAGAACAGAACCUAAUCGGUUGAUGAGUGGAAGAAGCAGUGCAAGAGAUCGAUGAUGAAACAAACAACCAGAACCUAAUUAAAAACUGAUAUAAAGAAACCUGAAGGAAAUAAAAUUAAUUUAAAAAAAACCUA